AUGUCAAAAGUUAAAUUUGAUCGUACAAAGGAUGUUCAAAUAGAUGAAGAUGUCAAUUUUGAUUCCUUAAUUACAAAUCAAAACAUUUUACGUGGAUUAUCAGAAGCAGGUUAUGAUCGUCCUUCUCCAAUUCAAUUAAAAGCUGUUCCUCCAGGAAAACUUGGGCUUGAUGUUAUUGCUCAAGCAAAAUCGGGAACCGGAAAAACAAUUGUAUUUGGUGUUAUCGCAUUGGAAAUGUUGAAUCUGAGUAAUACUAAACCGCAGGUAUUGAUUUUAGCACCUACUAGAGAAAUAGCCGUACAAACAAAAGAAGUCAUUUCAAAUAUUGGUCGUUAUAUGGUUGGUCUGGUUUGUCAUGUAUUUAUUGGAGGAAUUCCUGUUGAAGAAGAUAUACCAAAACUUAAGAAAUGUCAUAUAGUAAUUGGAUCUCCUGGUCGUAUUGGUCUUUUAUUAAACAAGCAAAUGAUUGCUAAAGACAUAAAAUUACUUGUAUUAGAUGAAGCUGAUAAAUUGAUGGAAAGCAAUUUUCAAGUACUCGCAUUUUCUGCAACAUAUGACAAGGCUUUGCUAAAAACUCUUGCAAAUUUUGUUUGCAAUCCAUAUCAUAUCAUGCUUUCGGAAGAUACUCCAGCUCUAGAAGGUGUAUUGCAGUAUUACCAAAUAAUAGAAAUUCCAAAUACAGCUAAUGUUACUGAAAAGUUCAAAUUCUAUGAAGAAAAGUUCAAAAAGUUGGUUGAUCUUUUGAGUCGCGUUCCGUUUUAUCAAUGUAUAGUUUUUCUAAAUCAUCGGGGAAGGGCUGUUGAUCUUGCAAAUUAUUUAACAAGCCAAGGGUGGAUGGCAAUGAAUAUAUCAGGCAUGAUGGAUACUGAAACUUACCUACAUCGUGUUGGCAGAACUGGACGUUAUGGAACUCAUGGUCUAGCAAUUAGUUUUGUUGAUAUUAAUGAGUUGGAUUUUAUAGAAUCUUUGAAAACAAAUUAUCAUGUUGGUGUCCAGCCUCUUCCUGAUGAAAUUUCAUUUAAGCAUCAUCAAAGGCCAUUGACAACCGAAAAUGAUCAAGAAGCAUAUGAAAACUUGUUAAAUAUAAGAGAAACAAUAAAAACCCAAAAUCCUGAGGUUCCACCAGUCGUAUUUUCUGAUGAUACAAAUUCAAAGAUUAAGCAAACUAAAUCGGAAGUGCCAGAAGAGACAGAAGAAACAUCUUACUACCCAUACUAUGAUAAUUAUAACAAUGAUUACUAUAAUUGGAUGUAUAAUACUUAUAACAAUGAUUAUUAUAAUUGGAUGUAUAAUACUUAUAACACUAAUUAUUAUAAUUAUCAUUGGACGCAUAAUGGUUAUAACACUGAUUAUUAUAAUUGGAUGUAUAAUGUGAUACCUGAUGGUACUGAUGAAUAUUAUGACAACAAUGAUUUCAUACCACCUGACCUUGCUUUUUAA